AUUAUGUAUUUAUUGCCGCUAAUUACUUUAAGUGUAAAUAUUUGGUUGUUUUGUGUAUUACAGGACAAAUUAUUUUUAUGGUAUUAGUAAAUUUAAAUAAUGGAAUGCAGUAAUAAACACAAAAUAGGCUUCGGGUGUUAUGAUGCACUUCUUCCAAAAAAAGAAACCCAAGCUUAUUCAUUUUUAAAAAAGUACCCUAAAUUUAAUGGUGAAGGAGUAACUAUAGCCAUUUUUGAUUCUGGCAUUGAUCCUGAAGCUCCUGGAUUACAAAGCACUCCUUCUGGAAAACGAAAAAUUCUUGAUCUUAUUGAUUGUAGUGGUAGUGGAGAUGUUGAUAUGAAAACUGUUGUAUGGGCUAAUGAAAACAAUGAAGUAAUUGGCAAAACUGGACGAACACUUAAGAUUCCUCAAACCUGGAUAAAUCCAACAGGAGAGUUUCGCAUUGGUGUAAAAAACUUGUUCUCUAUAUUUCCAACUUCAUUGAAAGAAAGGGUUAAGAACGAGAAGAAAGAAAAAGAAUGGGAUCCUUUUCACAAAUUCAAGUUAGCUGAAGCAGCAAAGCAUUUAAGUGAAUUCGAAAAAGUAUGCCCUAAUCCAUACACAGAGAAAGAAAAGCUGGAGCACAGUAAUUUAGUUCAAGCCAUUGAAUGUUUAAAUCUGCUAGAACAAAAAUAUGAGUACUGUGGUCCUGUUUAUGACUGCAUCUUGUUUCAUGAUGGUACAAACUUUAGAGCCUGCAUUGAUACAUCAGAAAAAGGAGCUUUAGAAGAAUGCCACUUAUUGGAACCUUUUAAAAUAAGUGGAAGAUAUGCUAGGUUAAGUGAUAUAGAUAUGUUAAACUACAGUAUCAAUGUUUAUGAAAAUGGUGAUGUUUUGUCAAUUGUCAUCAAUUCAAGCUCUCAUGGUACUCAUGUUGCAGCUAUAGCUGCUGCAUAUUUUGAACCUGAACAUGAAAUGAAUGGAAUUGCACCAGGAGCUCAAAUUAUAUCAAUGAAAAUUGGAGAUGGUUAUUUGAAUGGCAUGGAAACUGGAACAGCAUUAAUCAGAGCAAUAAAAGAAGCAGAAUUAAAUAAAGUGGAUCUUGUUAAUAUGAGUUAUGGAGAGUCAACAAAAUGGGAAAAUUCUGGACGGCUAAUAGAAAUGAUAAACAAGUUAGUUGAUGAGUAUGGUGUAAUUUUUAUCUCAAGCGCUGGAAAUAAUGGACCAGCAUUAAGCACUACUGGUUCUCCUGGUGGUACAACAGCUAAUGUUAUUGGUGUUGGUGCAUAUGUAUCUACAGACAUGAUGAUUUCAGGAUAUUCUCUUCUUGAAAGUAUGCCAGGAACUGCAUUUACAUGGUCAUCACGUGGACCAUGUACAGAUGGCUCACUUGGAGUGUGCAUUAUUGCUCCUGGUGGUGCAAUAACUUCUGUGCCUAAAUGUACUCUCUCAAAACAAAUGUUAAUGAAUGGAACAUCUAUGUCUUCUCCGAAUGCAUGUGGAUGUGUUGGUUUAUUAUUAUCUGCUUUGAAACAAAAAAAUAUUAAAUAUACACCAACCAGCAUUCGACGAUGUUUGGAAAAUUCUGCUUUAAAAAUUGAAGGAUUGUCUGAAUUUACCCAAGGUCAUGGUAUGAUUCAAGUUGAAAAGUCAUAUGAAUACAUUAUGAAUAAUCCCGAUGAUAGCAUCUUAAAUUAUUUAUCAUUUAAUAUAUUUUGUGCUAACAAACGUGGAGUAUACAUUAGAGAAUCAAAAGAUUUAUCAGCAUCUUUGGAAAGAUAUACUAUCACCAUACAACCUAAUUUCAACAAAAAUACAAAUAAAGAGCUUCAAGCAACAUUUAGCUUAAAAGUCAGUUUAUUGAGCACCCAAUCAUGGGUAUCUUGUCCAUCGAAUAUCUACCUCUGUAAUGUUGCAAGAGAAGUUGUUAUUCUUGUUAAAACAUCUAACUUGUCGCCUGGUUGCCAUUAUGCUGAAGUCCAAGGAUUCAGUGAGGAAAAUUCAAAAAUAGGACCAGUAAUUCGUGUUCCAAUUACAGUCAUAGUUCCAGAGAGUUUUGAAGGAUCAAUCAUUAAUAAAGAUGCAAUUUUGUUUAAUUCUCAAGUUGUUCACCGAUGGUUUUAUCAUGUACCAAAAGAAGUCAACUGGGUUUCACUUUCAUUAAGUACAAAAGCUGAAAGUAUUAAGUAUUUUGUUCAUGCAGUUCAACUUAUUGACGAAGAAGCUUUUUCUGAAACAGAGUUUUAUAGACAACUGAUUUUAAAAGCAGAUGCUGAUAAAACAUUACUGCAUUUCAAAGUCCGGGGAGGAUAUACAAUGGAAUUGUGUUUAGCACGAUGGUGGAUGGUUAAUGGAGCUUCAGAUCUUUCUUUCGAAUUAGGGUUUCACAGUUUAAAUCCAGAUAAUUCAGUUAUACGAAUACUCCCAGGUGAUGCAUUUUCACUUGUAAAUGUUUCAAAUAGUUUAGCUAUGGAAGAAAUUUGUCCUUCUGGUUCACUUACUCAUCAUGUUAUUCCUAUGGUACCAACAGAUGCUGUUUUAACGCCUCUAGGGACUAGAGACCAACUCUUCAAUGGCGAACAAAGUUACACUUUGUUGCUAAAGUAUUCUUUUUCUUUGGAAGCAAAAAGCACAGUAUCGGUGUUUUCCCCUUUGCUUAGCGAUAUGUUAUAUGAAAGUCAGUAUGAAUCAGAAGAAUGGGCAUUAUAUGACUCUAACAAACAGUUAUGUUACGUUGGAGGAUCAUUACCUGUUAAGAAUAACUAUCAAGUUAAUCUACCAAAAGGCAAUUAUAAUCUCCAUUACCAGGUUCGUAAUAACUCAAUGAAAAUGUUGGAAGAUCUCAAAAAAAUGGUGCUGAAUCUUAAGAUUCAACUUUCAGUGCCAAUUGAGUUGGGAUUUUUUUCAAGUCGCAAAAAGUUUGGAACAAAAGAAAAUCCAGCUGUAUUUGCACCAAUACAACUCAAGCGUCAUUCUAACAUACCUGUUUAUAUCUGUGCUCUCUCUACUGAAAAAUAUUCUGAGAGUAUGAAACUUGGACAUUACUUAACUGGAACAGUAUCUUAUUCAAAAGAUCCUGCUGUCAAAAAAGUGGUUACUUACCCUAUUAGUGUAAUGGUACCAGAGAAAAGCAAAUGUAAAGAAGAAAAUGUGAAAAAAGAGAUUGAAAAAGAGUAUGAAGAAGCAAAUGAAGAUUUUCAAUGUAUAUGGAUUGCAAAGUUAAAUGAUUCUUUGUUACAGAAAACUAUUGUUGAAAAUCUUAGUAAAGUUGUAACUUGCAAUAAUACAUGUUUAUCUUCAAAGAAUGCAUUUCUAAACAGUUUAGAUCAGUCAAAGAACCGAGAAUCAAAUCUAUUGGAAAUUAUUAGUUUGUGUAAAGAAAUUCUUUCUGUGAUAGAUCAACAAAAAAUUUUGUCAUAUUUUUCCAUGAAGACUGACCCUGAUAUUGAUGCUGCUCAGAGAAAAAAAGAGAUGGAGAAACAAAAGUUGUACACUACUAAUGCAUUGUACAAAAUGGGUCUUGCUGUUGCAGAUAGCUUGCAGGCAGUUGGAGAAGCAGAUAGAAGUUUACCAACUUAUGAAGUUGACACACUAGUUUCAGAUCUGGACCUUUGUUAUCAUGAUUUGAUGAAGUUUGUAGAUUCUAAAGACAAGGGGCUUCUUUUAUUGACAGCUCGUCAUGGAAUUGAACAUAAACACUAUGGAAGGUCAUUAAACGCAAUUCUCAAGUUCUCCGAAGAAUACACUGCUACCAAAGCUGAAUUUGAAACAAUUAUUCGACUGGCCGAGUUUCUAUCAUGGGAGCAUGUGGUGCAUCAUCUUCGAAACCAACUGUUGGUUAAGUUUCCAGAGACUCAUCACCCGUUUUGAAUCUAUUGGAAUUAAUUUUAAUGCUUUAAAAUGUAUUAGUUUUAAUUUUUUAUUGAGCAAACUUAUUUUUGCGAA